GUGGACACGGAAACAGACUUCCAUCACUGGACGACAACCAUUGCGGGGCAACUCCUGAGCCAAACACCAUUGGACGACGUUAAGUAUCUCGACAUACUCGGCAUUGUCACUGACCAUGCACCGUUUCGACGAUACUCAUCAACAGAUUCAUUAAUGACAUCUGCAUCCAAGUACAAAAAAACUAGUUUGGACAUGCAAGAAGUCAAUAACAACCAUAUGCCUUCAUUUAGUUCACGCAUGUACAAGAAGAAUGUUUCACACUUGCCAGACUUGAUUCGAGAAUGCGAACAGUUGCGUAGAUCGCCAGUCAACGAGUUCUCAGACCUAAUACCAGUUAAACAGAAACGCAAGAUAUUCGAAGAAUMCCUUACUUGCUCUUCAAAAAGUGUGGACAAUUUGCAUGAUCUUUCAACUCAUAUAACAAACAUUAAGUCUAGAUCAAUGAACAAUUUGGAUUUAAGAGCCGUGCCAGUGAAAGAUAUUUGCAGAUAUUUCGAAAGCAGAUUCAAUACUAAUGAAGCCAAUACCAUAAAAUUCAGAUCACUGUAUUAACUGAAAUCUAGUAAACAAUAAUGAAUUAUGGCCUUAUGGGUAAAUCAAUGUUUAUUAGACAUUGUGUGAAUACCUUUAGAUGAAGAAAAAUGUUCCAAAGAUUUAUGAAACUAUUAUAAUAUAUUACUUAAUGUAUACUCUUAGUCAUUAAUAAA